AUGAUUGCCCUUAUUGUGUUAUUACUGACAGUGGUAACUGUGGCCACUGGUCUUCUGGUUCACUUCUUAGUCUCUGACCAGAAAAUGGAGUAUUAUCAUGGCACCUUUAAAAUUUCAGAUCUACGAGUCAAAAGUAAUUCUGGACAAAGCAGCCCAUACCAGCUUAAGGACUUACAGGAGAUGAGUGAAAACUUGGUGGAUGAGAUAUUUAUAGAUUCGGCCUUGAACAAGCAUUAUAUCAAGAACCAAGUAGUCAGACUGACUCCAGAGGAAGAUGGUGUGACAGCAGAUGUCAUUAUGGUGUUCCAGUUCCCCUCUGCUGAGUUAAGGGCAGUGAGAAAAAGGAAAAUCCAUAGCAUCUUAAAUGAGAAGAUAAGUAACACCAGAGCUUUGUCAAUAAAUGCCUCGUCAGUUGAAGUUAAUGGUUGUGGUAAACGAGUUGUUCCAUUAAUAAUGAACAGAAUAAUGUCCGGAGAGAUUGUGGUCAAGUCUGCCUGGCCUUGGCAAGCUUCCCUUCAGCAUAAUAACACACAUCGAUGCGGGGCCACCCUGAUUAGUAAUAAGUGGCUUGUUACCGCAGCACACUGCUUUAAGAAUAAAGCAAAUCCACAUCAAUGGACUGUUAGCUUUGGAACAACAAUCAACCCUCCAUUAAUGAAAAGAAAUAUCAAAAGAAUUAUUGUCCAUGAGAGGUAUCACUCCCAAGCAAGAGAAUACGACAUUGCUGUUGUGCAAUUAUCAUCCAGCGUCACCUUUACUGAUGAGAUCCGAAGAGUUUGUUUGCCAGAAGCCUCUGUGUCCUUCCAACCAAAUUCAACUGUCUAUGUCACAGGAUUUGGAGCACUUUUUUAUGGUGGGGAAUCCCAAAAUGAUCUUCGAGAAACCAGACUGAAAAUCAUAAGUGAUGAUGUGUGCAAGCAGCCACAUAUGUAUGGCAGAGAUAUAAAAUUUGGAAUGUUUUGUGCUGGCUAUCUGGAAGGAAUUUAUGAUGCCUGUGGGGGUGAUUCUGGGGGACCUUUAGUUGGAAAGGAUCUUAAAGAUACCUGGUAUCUCAUUGGAAUUGUGAGCUGGGGAGACAACUGUGGGCAAAAGAACAAACCUGGAGUCUACACAAAAGUGGCUUAUUACCGAAACUGGAUUACUUCAAGAACAGGCCUCUAA